AUGACUGAGAAUGAGCAACCCGAAAUCCCAGAGUUUGAUAAUGAGGAGGUUUAGGAGUAGCUCAAUGUUGAUGUUAAAGAUCUCUUAUUAGAACUUGGCAAUAUUAUGGAUGAGUACUGA